CUUUCUCCUCAUAUUUCACCUCUCUCUACUUCCCUUCACUUACUCUUAAGAACUGCAGACACUAGCUAACAACACUCAAGCACAUAGACUCACUAUUACUUGAAGAGAGAUAGAAAGAAAGAAAAAGUUCGAAAACCCAAGAUCAUGGCAGCUUCUACAGCAACUUCUGCUUCUACCACAUGGGCUAAACCUUCAUCUUCAUCUUCAUCUUCAUCUUCUUCUUCUUCGUCUUCUUCUUCAUUCUGUGAUUUGGGCUACACUUCCAAGUCCAUCAACUUCAACAAGCCCAAUAAGAUAGCCCAUCUCCGGUGCUCUCUACAAACUCCUCCAGUCCUCCAUUUCCCAAAGCAAACACCUUCUCUUUACCAUCCAGCCACCAGUACUGCAUCCCCACCUCUCCCUAAACCCAAACCCAAGUCCAAACCCAAAGAAGCAGAAAGAGCAAGAGACCGUGAAAGAAACAGAGAUGGAAGAAGAAAAGAGUUGGAUUCCUUUAACUCUCAAGGUAAGGGUAAGCAGCAAUGUAACCUCUUCCAAAGGGUUGCAGCCAUGGCCUUGAAUGUAGUGGAAGGAGCCUUAGUUUCCAGCGAAAGCCAAAACCCACUUCCCAAAACAGCCGAUCCAGCAAUUCAAAUUGCCGGAAACUUCGCUCCCGUACCGGAACAUCCUGUCGAGCACCACCUCCCUGUCGCCGGCAAAAUUCCCGAUUGCAUUGACGGGGUUUACGUCAGGAACGGCGCCAAUCCCCUAUUUGAGCCCGUCGCAGGUCACCAUUUAUUCGAUGGGGACGGCAUGAUUCAUGCCGUAUCCAUCACUGGUGGCGCCGCCAACUAUGCCUGCCGAUUCACCGAAACACAGCGCCUCGUUCAGGAACGCUCUCUAGGCCGUCCUGUCUUCCCAAAAGCAAUUGGCGAACUCCAUGGCCACACCGGUAUAGCUCGCCUUCUCCUUUUCUACGCUCGUGGCCUCUUCGGCCUCGUCGACCACCACCACGGCACCGGAGUCGCCAACGCGGGCCUCGUCUAUUUCAACGGCCGACUCCUCGCGAUGUCAGAAGACGACCUUCCUUACCAAGUUCGCAUCACCCGCUCUGGCGACUUAAAAACCGUCGGCCGGUUUGAUUUCAAUGGUCAGCUCCAAUCUGCCAUGAUCGCCCACCCGAAGCUCGACCCUGUCUCUGGCGAACUCUUCGCUCUUAGCUACGAUGUCAUUCAAAAGCCAUAUCUCAAGUACUUCCGCUUCUCCCCAACCGGAAUCAAAUCUCCCGACGUCGAAAUCCCACUUGCGGAGCCUACCAUGAUGCACGAUUUCGCCAUUACUGAGAAUUUCGUGGUCAUCCCAGAUCAACAAGUGGUUUUCAAGUUGCCGGAAAUGAUUCGUGGCGGUUCGCCGGUGGUUUACGAUAAAAAGAAAACCGCCCGGUUCGGAAUCCUGGACAAGAACGCAGUUGACUCGUCAGGAAUCCGGUGGGUCGAAGUGCCCGAUUGCUUUUGUUUCCAUCUAUGGAACGCUUGGGAAGAACCAGAGACUAAUGAGGUGGUGGUGAUCGGUUCAUGCAUGACUCCACCCGAUUCGAUUUUCAACGAAUGCGAUGAAGGGCUCAAGAGUGUUCUGUCCGAGAUCCGGCUCGACCUCAAGACCGGGAAAUCAACUCGCCGGCCCAUCAUCGCCGGUUCCAAUUCCGAUCAAUUGAACCUGGAAGCAGGGAUGGUGAACCGUAAUCUUUUGGGGAGGAAAACCCAAUUCGCCUACCUCGCUAUUGCAGAGCCCUGGCCGAAGGUUUCCGGUAUCGCGAAGGUCGAUCUCUCGACCGGAGAAGUGAAGAAAUUCAUAUAUGGAGAUGGGAAAUACGGUGGAGAACCGUUCUUUGUGCCGAGAGAUGCAAAUUCAAAGAGAGAGGAUGAUGGGUAUAUAGUAGCAUUCAUGCAUGAUGAGAAGAAAUCCAAGUCAGAGCUUGUGAUCAUAAACGCCAUGAAUUUGGAGGUUGAAGCUUCAGUUAAGCUACCUUCAAGGGUCCCUUAUGGUUUCCAUGGAACGUUUAUCAAUUCCAAAGAUUUGCAGAAGCAAGCCUAGCUAGAUAGGCCAGCUAGCCAUGUGGUGAUGGUUUUACUGUUGUGGUAGAGGUGACAAAGGAGAGAUUGCCAGAGGGAAUGGAUUAGAGAUACUCCCCGGAGUCUGCCGUCUUUUUGCACCUUACCCAACCACCCACGGUUAGUUAAGUUAGUUAUUUAGUUAGUUAUUUUUCCUUUUUCUUGGGUGGGAGAGGUUUCGAGGAACCAGCUUGUAGCUUAUGGCUGUAGUUAGUAUUCGAGCUCAGCUGGUUUUUGUGUAUUUCCCUUUUCACUACUAUCCAUGCUCUUCUCUGUUCUUGUAAGUAGUGAAAAUUAUAAAAUGUUAUACAGAUACAAGACUA